AUGGCGGAUGGCGGUCCCGUCGGAUCAACGGCUAGCGAUUGCGGUUUCUGGUGUCUGGUUACCAGUUGCCGGUUCGCCGAGGCUGUUUCGUCGCUGGCGAAGCCGAAAGAGGUGGUGCUGCGACCCAAAGAGGAGCAGGAUCUGGUGGGAUUCGGAUGGCGAGAGAUUCUGGGUCUGAAGGAGAAAUCGUCAGGGAAUGCUGAGCUUGCGGCUGAGACGCAUCAGGUGUACUACGUCACGAAUCGGGUGUGCGAGCGGGAGGACGAGAAGAUGGGCAAGGUGUACGGCAAGCACAUGGACAGUGGCCUGCACGUUGGCGUGGUGGAUGUGGACUGUCCUAACGGCAAGCCUCAGGUGAAGGCAGAGGGGCAGCUUGUAACGAGUAUGGAUGCAGAGGCGUUCAAGCAGCGACUGAGAGAGCAUGUGGCUCGCGAUGAGAACAAGGCAGUGCUCGUCUAUGUGCAUGGUUGCUUCACUGAUUUCAGCCGGGGCAUGGGUUACGGAGCAUUCAUGCAGCGCGGCCUGGACUUCAGCGGACCCAUGGUGGUGUACAGCUGGCCCACCGUGGGGCGGCCGUCCGUGUCGGUGGGGUUGGGGGUGAUCAGCCUGUACCGCCAGGACGAGGUCACCUGCAUGCAGGCCGCUCCCGACCUCAGGGAUCUGCUGCAGAUGCUCUCUCAAGAAGUGGGCGCCAAAGCGGUGCACGUGAUGGCGUACAGCAUGGGCGCGCGCACGCUCCUAGAGGCGCUUCGCCUGUCGUCAGUCUCCCCGCCGCACCUGGACCCCUUCCAUGCGCGCACCGGCGUCACCUCCCACAUCUACUUCAUGGCUCCUGACGUCGCUGCUCAUUCGUUCUCCUCAGUCAUCCGAAAAUUCAAGUUCCCGGGGAUUGCCUGGGAUGGGGAGAGUGAGGGAAAGAACGAAAUUUCUCGAGGGGUUGCAUGGGAAGGGGAGGCGGGGGAGAGAGAGAUGUCUGCUGGGUGUGCGUUGGAAGCAGGGGCGGAGGAGGAAGAAACGGGCUGUGGAGUUCUGGAUGUCAGCCCCCCUUUGACCUUUCUCCAGCAAGCCUCCGCACCUGCCUCUGCACCUUCCUCUCCACCUGCCUCUGCACCUUCCUUGGCACCUUCUCCUGCACCUCCCCCCGCACCUUCCUCUGCAGCGGCCUCUGCACCUUCCUCCGCACCUUCCUCCACACCUUCCUCCACCUACGACUUAGAAGCACGCAGUCAUGACUCCAUGAUAGAGAGGAUCGCAGACGUGUGGAACGUGGCUGGGGAAAACACGUCAGGCUGGGUGACUCUACGGCAGGCUUGGCAGGAGGUUCGGGAAAAGGGGCUGAUGGAGGUUUGGAACGAGAUAUUCCACCUGCCAGGCCUUGAAGAACCUGGUGGCCAUGCAUCUGCCGAGGCUGUGCUGAGGCCUGUCGGCGCCAGGCCUGAGAGGUUUGGAGGUGCAUCCGAAACUGUUUUUCGAACCAGAGAGGCAGGAGGAGCAGGAGAGCACAGCAGCUUACAGCCAGCAGUGCGGGAGAACGCGCACAUACAUCUGUUCACGGCUCGCAAUGACAUUGCUCUGCUGCUCUCCGAAUUCAUGGAUGCCGGUAUUCCCAAGGUGCGUGCAGGGCGAGGGUCUGACGACUUCCUCCUAUGCUGUGGACACAAGGCGUUUGACACGGUAGACGUGAGCAGCCUGAACAGCGGGCUGCUGAGCACGGGGCACUUCUACCUCUUCCACCACAUCGAGAAGCGGCCAGCUGUCCACCACUGCAAACCGCAACCCUUUGUUUGA